CAUAAGUCUAAAAAUAUCGAUAGCAUAUCAACAACCCUACAUUCCGCAGGCAUGAAAAAUCUAAAAGUUAAAGUAAUUUGUUUAUAAUAAAAGUGCCAGACACUAGACGCUUAAAAAUUGCCAGCAGUUAAACGAUUUGGCAAACGUAAAAAUCUGAAGCAGCAGCCCCCAUCACACACACACACACAUACACACAAACAACAAGAACAACAAUAAAAAACAGCAAAAGUCUCCCAGAUCCCCUACCAGUUCCAAGUUAGACUGCAAUGUGCAGCUGUAGCGUAAGCGUACGAGAUGUCCCGGCUCGCUGAUUACUUUGUAAUUGUUGGCUACGAUAACGACAAAGAAAAGACUGCCGGCAAUGUCAGCGGCCAGCCAAUAUGCGGCAAAAUUGUGCAACGUUUUCCUGAGAAAGAUUGGCCCGACACGCCCUUCAUCGAGGGCAUCGAAUGGUUCUGCCAGCCGCUGGGCUGGAAUUUAUCGUAUGAGAAACAAGAGCCGAAAUUCUUCAUUUCCGUGCUCACCGAUAUCGAUGCGAAUAAGCAUUAUUGUGCGUGCCUGAGCUUCCACGAAACGCUGGCCAUCACCCAGACACGCAGCGUGGACGAUGAGGAUGAGACCAUUGGCAAUAAUAGCAAUGGCAACUGCAGCCGCGGUUUGCUGGGCCCGCCACCCGUGGAGGCCAUAACGCAUCACAGCAUUAUGUAUGCUCCCAAGUGUUUGGUGCUCAUAUCCCGAUUGGAUUGUGCGGAGACUUUUAAGAACUGCCUGGGCACCAUCUACACAGUAUAUAUUGAGAACUUGCCAUAUGCCAUGGAGAAUCUGAUUGGCAACAUACUCGGCUGCAUUCAGGUGCCACCCGCGGGCGGUCCCCAAGUGCGAUUCUCCAUUGGAGCGGGUGACAAACAAUCUUUACAGCCGCCACAGAGCUCCUCCCUGCCGACGACGGGCAGCGGUGUCUAUUUUCUGUUCAAACAGCUGGGUAUUAAAAAUGUGCUGAUAUUGCUGUGCGCCGUGAUGACCGAAAACAAAAUACUCUUUCACUCCAAGUGCUAUUGGCAUCUGACCGACAGCUGCAGGGCAUUGGUUGCGCUCAUGUAUCCAUUUCGUUAUACGCACGUGUAUAUACCCAUACUUCCAGCGCCGCUCACGGAGGUGCUGUCCACGCCGACGCCUUUUAUAAUGGGCAUACACAGUUCGCUGCAAACAGAGAUCACGGAUUUGCUGGAUGUCAUUGUGGUAGAUUUGGAUGGUGGUCUAGUGACCAUACCGGAUGCAUUGACGCCACCGGUGCCUAUAUUUCCAUCCCCGUUGUGGGAGCAAACGCAGGAUCUGCUCAGCAUGAUACUCUUUCCCAAUUUGGCGCAAGCCGAUCUCGCCUUUCCCAAUAAUGAGCGGCCCACCUCAACGAUAGCUAAGACGGAGGCACAAAUUGAUAAGGAGCUACGCGCGAUAUUUAUGCGCCUGUUUGCACAGCUGCUCCAGGGCUAUCGCUCCUGCCUGACCAUAAUACGCAUUCACCCCAAAACGGUGAUCACAUUUCAUAAGGCUGGCUUUUUAGGCGCUCGCGAUCUAAUCGAAAGCGAGUUUCUGUUUCGCGUCCUCGACAGCAUGUUUUUUACGACAUUUGUUAAUGAACGAGGACCACCCUGGCGUGCCGCUGAUGCCUGGGAUGAACUGUAUAGCUCCAUGAACGAGCUGCUCAAAACGGAAGCACAAAAUCGGAAUCUCAUACUCACACAUAUCCAGGAGCUGGGACGCACGCUGUACGAGAACGAAGCAUCUAUUGCGCCCGCCACUUAUGCCCAGAAGGUGCUCCGGCCACCGCAGGGCGCGUUUCAGCGCAUCCAUCAGCCAGCGUUUCCACGCAUAAGCGUUGAUAAGGUAGAGCUGAUCAUACAGGAGGGCAUACGCAAGAAUGGCCAGUCGCAGCGUUUUCAUGUAACACGCAAUCAGCACAGAAUUAUACCCAUGGGUCCCAGGUUGCCCGAAGCGCUGGACGUGCGUCCAACAACGGUGCACAAUUCGGUGCGUCGUUUGGAGGUUCUGCGCACCUGUGUCGCCUACAUCUUUGAAAAUCGCAUUGCGGAUGCGCGAAAACUGUUGCCCGCGGUCAUGCGUACGCUUAAGCAUCGGGAUGCCCGGCUCAUCCUGUGCCGCGAGCUUUUUGGCUAUGUGCAUGGCAAUAAGGCGGUCCUAGAUCAUCAGCAAUUUGAUCUGGUGGUGCGCUUCAUGAACAAAGCGCUGCAGAAUUCCUCGGGCGUGGAUGAGUACACCGUGGCGGCCGCUUUGCUGCCCAUGUCUACUAUAUUUUGUCGUAAACUCUCGAUGGGCGUGGUACAGUUCGCCUAUACGGAGAUACAGGAUCAUGGAAUAUGGAAAAAUUUGCAGUUUUGGGAGUCCAGUUUCUUUCAGGAUGUGCAGGCACAAAUCAAGGCACUCUAUUUGCUUCAGCGCCGCCAAAACGAACACAACAAAGAGGCCAAUUGUGUGCUGGACGAGGUGCCGCUGGAGGAGCCAACGGCGCUGGAAAUAACCGCAGAGCAGCUGCGGAAAAGUCCCACCAUCGAGGAGGAGAAAAAGGCUGAGCUGGCCAAAUCGGAAGAGUCCACGCUCUACAGCCAGGCCAUACACUUUGCCAAUCGCAUGGUCUCCCUGCUGAUACCGCUUGACGUCAAUGUGGAUGCGGCCAGCAAGCCCAAGCUGGCCUUCCGGCUCGAGGAGAACCAGAGCGUUUCCAAUAGUAUUAUGGGCUCGCACAGCCUGAGCGAACAUUCCGAUGAGGGUUUCGAGGAGAAUGAUGCUUCCGAGAUAGGAGUUACCGUGGGCAAGACCAUCUCGCGUUUCAUUGAUUGCGUCUGCACGGAGGGUGGCGUCACAUCAGAGCAUAUACGCAAUCUGCACGACAUGGUGCCGGGCGUGGUACACAUGCACAUUGAAUCCCUGGAGCCAGUUUAUCUCGAGGCCAAACGGCAUCCGCAUGUGCAAAAGCCCAAGAUCCAAACGCCUUGCCUACUGCCCGGCGAAGAAAUGGCCACCGAUCACUUGCGGUGCUUUCUCAUGCCGGACGGACGCGAAGAUGACACCCAGUGCUUGAUACCCGCCGAGGGAGCUUUAUUUUUGACCAACUAUCGCAUUGUUUUCAAGGGCUCGCCCUGUGAUCCGCUCUUUUGCGAGCAGACAAUUGUGCGCGCCUUUCCCAUUGCCUCGCUGCUCAAAGAGAAGAAGAUAUCAAUGCUAUAUUUGGCACAUGUGGAUCAGACGCUGCCAGAUGGACUGCAGCUGCGCUCUAGCUGCUUUCAACUGCUCAAGAUUGCCUUCGAUACGGAGGUGACGCUGGAGCAAAUCGAAACGUUUCGCAAGACGCUAAACAAGGCGCGACAUCCACGCGAUGAAUUUGAGUAUUUCGCAUUUCAAUCCUAUGGCACCAUGCUCCAAGGCGUUGUGCCGUUGAAGACCAAGGAAAAGUACUCAACGCUCAAGGGUUUUGCCAAGAAGACCCUGCUACGCACGGCCCAAAAGGCUGGCUUUAAGCAGAAGACGCAAACGAAACGCAAAUUGGUGCCGGAGUAUGAGCUGGGCAGGAGUAGCGGCGGCGGCGGCAGCGCGGAUGCACUGGAAACUAACUCCAUAGACGACGAGCUCGAGGAGGCGGACGAGUUUGAGACACAGCAGAACGAGGCGCUGCCACGCCUGCUAACCACCAAGGAUAUCGAGCGAAUGCGCGAGCGCAGCUAUGUGCGGGACUGGAAACGCUUGGGUUUCGAUGCGGAGGCACAGCUCGGCUUUCGCAUAAGCAAUGCCAAUGCCAAUUAUGCCACGUGUUGCACCUAUCCGGCCAUUAUAGUGGCACCGGUACAGUGCAGCGAUGCAGCUAUGACGCAUCUGGGACGCUGCUUUAAGGGUCAGCGCAUACCGCUGCCCACCUGGCGGCACAACAAUGGAUCACUGCUCAUACGCGGAGCACAGCCGAAUAGCAAAUCCGUAAUUGGCAUGAUUAAGAAUACAACGGGCGGGAAUACCAUGACGCACAAUGAUGUCACCCAUUAUCCGGAGCAGGACAAGUAUUUCAUGGCGCUGAUCAAUACAAUGCCCAAGCUGACGCCGCUGGACGCACUCAAUCAGUAUACAGGCAUGAAUCUCUCGAUGAACUCGCUGCUCGGACAUAGCGAGGACCAUCAGUCUCUAACGCCCGAGCUGAUGCGCAAGCAAAGAUCAAAUUUAAGUGUUACGGAUGGCAGCAAAUCCGGCGGUGCGGGCAACAAAGCUGGUACGAUGAAGGGCAAUGAAAGGAGCUCAGCGGCGCAUGCGUUUCGCAAGAUGCGGCUAUAUGCCUUGGGUGAAAAAUCGCAGGGCAAGUCGAAUUUGAAUGGUGACUUCUGUGCGGAUUUCAUACCCGUCGACUAUCCGGAUAUACGGCAAUCCCGUUCAGCUUUUAAAAAACUAAUACGCGCCUGCAUGCCCUCGCAUAAUGCCAAUGAUGCGGAUGGUCAGAGUUUUCCCAAGAUGGUGGAGCAAUCCGAUUGGUUGCAGCAAAUCUCAACGCUGCUGCAGCUAUCCGGCGCCGUGGUGGACCUUAUUGAUUUGCAGGAGAGCAGCGUCAUGUUGUCGCUAGAAGAUGGGUCCGAUGUUACCGCCCAGCUUUCAGCCAUUGCACAGCUCUGUCUGGAUCCAUAUUAUCGCAGCAUCGAUGGCUUUCGUGUGCUGAUAGAGAAGGAGUGGCUGGCAUUCGGACAUCGCUUUGCCCAUCGCAGCAAUCUGAAGGCAUCGCAUGCUAGCACGAAUAUUGCCUUUGCGCCCACCUUUUUGCAGUUUCUCGAUGUGGUCUAUCAGCUGCAGCGACAGUUUCCCAUGGCCUUCGAGUUCAAUGAUUUCUAUUUGCGUUUUCUGGCAUAUCAUGUGGUCUCGUGUCGCUUUCGCACGUUCCUCUUUGACUGCGAGCUGGAGCGCUACGAUUCCGGCAUUGCGUCCAUGGAGGAUAAACGCGGCUCGUUGAGCACCAAGCAUAUGUUUGGUGGUGGCGGCAGUGCUGCGAAUGGUUCGGAUGAUGAGUGCAAUGUUUAUCCGCUGGACAUACGCAGUCCGCGAACGCCCACACAACUGAAUCGCAUCGGACACUCGAUUUUUGACUAUAUCGAACGGCAGCACAACAAAUCGCCCAUUUUCUAUAAUUUCCUGUACUCCUCCAACAAGGAUGUGGUGCUGCGUCCGCAGAAUAGCGUAGCUGCCCUGGAUCUGUGGGGCUUCUAUACCAACGAGGAGUUGGCACAGGGACCCCCUUACGAUUUGGAAGUGACCAAUGUGGAUGAUGAAAUCGAUCUAUCCGAAAUCAAGGGCAAACGUAUGGUCAUCAGUGCCGGCUAUGACAACAUUGAGAAGUGCAAUCCCAAUGCCUACGUGUGCCUGCUCAGCGAGGUGAAGCAGGCGGAAACAGAGCGCGGUCAUCUGCCACAAAAGUGGCAGCUGGUGUGGAACAAUCUUGUAGUGCCACAUAUGGAGCCCAUGUCGCGCAAAACCUCGCUCAGCAGCAUGCUGGUGCAAACGCAUCAGCAUAAACGCUCCACGCUCGAGAUCAUUAUGAAGGGACGCCUCGCUGGCUAUCAGGAUAAGUAUUUUCAUCCGCAUCGCUUUGAGAAGCAUCCAUAUACGACGCCCACCAAUUGCAAUCACUGCACUAAGCUGCUCUGGGGACCUGUUGGCUACCGGUGCAUGGACUGUGGCAACUCCUACCAUGAAAAGUGCACCGAACUUUCCAUGAAGAAUUGCACCAAGUACAAGGCCAUAGACGGCACCGUGGGACCGCCAAAUGUCAACAUGUCUCAGGGUGACACUGCCAGCAUUGCAUCCAGUGCAGCGACCACCGCGCGCACCUCCAGUCAUCAUUUCUAUAAUCAGUUCAGCAGCAAUGUUGCCGAGAAUCGUACACACGAAGGACAUCUCUAUAAACGUGGCGCCCUGCUCAAGGGCUGGAAACAGCGUUGGUUUGUUCUGGACUCGAUUAAACAUCAGCUGCGCUACUAUGACACAUCCGAUGAUACAGCGCCCAAAGGCUUUAUAGAGCUAGCCGAGGUGCAGUCGGUGACGGCCGCACAACCCGCACAAAUUGGCACAAAGCGCGUCGACGAAAAGGGUUUCUUUGAUCUAAAAACCUCGAAACGCACCUAUAACUUCUAUGCGAUGAAUGCGAAUCUGGCGCAGGAGUGGACUGAAAAGCUGCAGGCCUGUUUGCAGUAGAAUUAUAAUCCAUCACAAUCAGCAGCCAUAGCCAUAGCAGCAACAAAAUACCAUUUGUUAUUAAAUCCUGGCAUUCUAUUAAGUAAUCCUCCCCCGCAACUUCUGCGUAGGCAUCCGUUCUAUGCGUGUUCCUCGUUUUCUGCUCCCCUACCUAUUUCUAUAUAUAUAUAUUCUGCUGAAUGUUUUGUUUUGUUGUAGGACAAUCCAAUUAACGUUAUUAUUAUUAAUGUUUCCCUUUUUUUUUUUAUACUUGAGAGAGUAUUUAUUUGUCAACGCGUGUAUUACUCUGCAUCUGUAGUAGCUCUGUGUGUAUUAUUUAUAACCGAAAUAUUUUUACAUAUAUAAGUUGAAUUAGUGUCAAAAGUUGUUUAUUAACACUCGCAUAAUGCAUAAAUUACAUGAAUAUUUAGCAGCAAUUAAUGUAGGCGACAAAAGCUAAACAAAUGAAAUAGUAAAAAGUAAAAAAUAACUAAUCAAAAAAAAAACGUACUGUAAAUGUGCAUAUAUAAAGAAGGAUACUAUAAUAUCAUGUGAUUAUACGUAUAAUGCUGACAAGAA